UUGCACUUCUCCUCCUUUCGCGCUGUCCCGAACCUCGCCAGAGCACUCGACAUGAACUUUAGGAAGGGAGGAGUCGAGCAAGUCUUCUUCACCGUUGAGGAGGAGCGCCAGCGGGAAGAGCGCGCCAAGGAAUGGGAGCAGUCGAGAGACGCCGCUGACAAGGCCAAAGACUUGGGACCGGACGAUGGCAAGUCGCUGUUUGAUCGCUUGGAGGCGAAUCGCGCUGCCAAGGCUGCUGAAUUUGAAGAAAAGAUGAAGUAUAAAAACCAAAUUUACCAAGGACUCGACGACGAAGAGUUUGAAUUUGUGCAAAACUCAGCAACCAAACAGGAGGAGAUUGAGAACGCUCGGUGGGAGGACGAGAUUGCCCAGGUGAAGCAGUUUCGGGAAGCCGUCGCGCAGCUGGAAGCCGCUCCUGCGCCAACGACAACGGCCGAAGCUUCUGCGGAACCCGCCAAGACGGGUGAUGUGCUAUUGAAGGCAUGGCAAGCACAACCAUCGAUCACUUCUCGAUUGGCGGUUGGUGCAACGGCCAGCAAAGGGGCGUUGGGCAUCCGGAAAAAGUCUGAAGCAUCAUCUCCCAUGGCGUCAUUUCCAGCGACUAGUUUGACAGCAGUUGCACCAAGUAAACGACCUGCGACUGAGCUUGGGGCAUCUGGAGAUGCUGCCGUGUCUGUCAAGCAGCCUCGCCUUGAAGCGACCACCGCCGGCUCGGCACCAGCAUCCACCCCCAAAGCCACAGCAACCUCAGCCUCUGCAUCCGCAGCUCCGAAACAGCAGCUGCUUGCACUAGCGGCGUAUGAUUCGGACUCUGACGCCGAUUAAGUUUGCUUGUUCCUCAUUCUAUCCUAAUACCAAAAAAACAAAAACAAA